UCUAAGUUCUAACUCUGUUUUCUUAAUCAUACUACUCAAUAGUUUUCAAACUAGAUACUGCAAAUUUCGGUUCUUGGUUGACGUGUUAUUGGCAAUUUCCAUUUGGCGAUUGGCAUUGUGGCUUUUGCCCCUUUUGGCAAUUAACAUUUAAAUAUAUUUAUUUUUAAAUUAUAUCUUGCACUAGAGCAACUGCUAAUAUUUUUGGAUAUUUGCCUUUUUGAACGAAACAUUUUUUCUCGGAACAAUUUUUAUGUUUUAGUAUUUCUCCCAUGAGAAAACCACAUUGAAACAGUAUUUCAUAUUAAAAAUUUGAUGGAAAACAGAAAUAAUAGUUUUAAAAAAUUGUGUUACAAGUAUUUCCAACCUGGUGUUUGUGUGAAAGUCAAAUUUGGUACAUCUUUGUGGUAUUGCAGUUUUCCCGAAAUUCAUUCACGAAUAAUUGUUUAUUAACAUAAAGUAUUUGAUCUUUAUUUGACUCCCAUAAAUGUUCCAGAUACCAAAAAUCAUUUAUAUGACAAUUUGAUCAUUUUGAUCCUGAGAUAGUUUUGUUUUAUUGCAACCGGAAAUAGCUGAUGGAAAAUCCUGUUCAAAACAUUUGAAGUAUGAUGCAGUGCCCAAUCUGUUCAGAGAUGGUGGUCAACAAGAGACAACAUAUAGAUAUGCAUUACGGGAUAGAAUAUAAACACCAAUGUCGAUAUUGUGACAAAAUUUUCGCUCAUCCAGGCAAUCUUCGGAACCAUGAACGCGUCCAUUCAGAGACCGUUCAGGACAAGUAUUCACUUCUGAGGAAGACUGGCCGCAUAAAUGCAAACUUUGUUCAAAAAUUUCGUUUUUCGUCUCGAUUACUGGAACACACCACAAUUCACUCAAAAGAACGUCCAUAUACUUGCCUAUAUUGCCCUAAGAAAUUCAAACAUCCCUAUUCGGUAUGGGAACAUUUGGCAAAUACCCAUUCGGCCCACAAUUCUACUCAAGUGAAUAAAAUGAAUCUCCCGAAAGGUGAAAUUAAAAGCUCAUUGAAGCAAAAGACAAAAGCUACUCAGACGAUGAAGGUAAAAGGAUAUCCGCGGCAAAUCAGAUAUACAUUACCAGCUUCAAUGCAGAAUGUAAACCUGUGCCCGAGAGUGGUUCUUUCACGAUCCUUGACUGAAGUCCUUAAUAAAAUGUAGGUCUGGCACAACUCCCGUUUAUCAAACUAUAUAUCAAGAGUACAUCCGAUGCUGAUCAGAAUUCAUCACAUGUGCUGGCAUUCUUGAUAUUUUCUACCAAGAUUCUCUUCAUUUUGAUUUGAACAUUCCGUUGACUAUCCAUUUUUCUUUUAAAUUGCGCUUGUCUUUUGAGAAAUAUUUUCUGUCUUGUAUUACGCUUAAUGUUACAAAGAAUUAAAGCUGCUAUAAUUUCAA